AAUAAAAUAUUAAUAAUAGCAGCUCAAAACAUCGUAGAUUUGAGCCCUAAUUAUGUACUAGGCCCAAUGCUAAGUGCUUUAUGUGCCUCACCUCACCUAAUACUCACAACUGCCCCAUGAGAUGAUUACAUUAUUCCCAUUUUACAGAUGAGGAAACUGAGGCUCAAGGCAGACAAGGGAUUCAUCCAAGAGCUUCUAGCGAGUAAGUGGUGGAACGCAGAUUCUGACCCUGACCUGUUUGACUCCAGAGACCAAAUUCUUAGCGGCUACCCCCGAGAAAGGGGUCAUUCACCGACCAACCUCAGUAUUCAAGAAGAGGGUCUUCGUCUCCUGCAGCAACUGCCGGGCCCAGGUCCGCUCAUGAACCUGCUGCAGGUGCGAGGAGGCCCGCUUCAGCAGCGGCUGUGUGCCACCCCACAGAGCGGCCACCAGCACCAGAGCCAGCACCUGCCCUGGAUGGAGAUGCGAGGGCGGAUACCCGUAAUCCGGAAGUGGUGCCAGAGCCUCUUCCGGUUCUGCUCGUGUUGCUUUUUUCCUCGCGUCACCGCCGGCAUGAAGCCGAUCCUGCUGCAGGGCCAUGAGCGGUCCAUUACGCAGAUUAAGUACAACCGCGAGGGAGACCUCCUCUUCACGGUGGCCAAGGACCCUAUUGUCAAUGUAUGGUACUCUGUGAAUGGUGAGAGGCUGGGCACCUAUAUGGGCCAUACCGGAGCUGUGUGGUGUGUGGACGCUGACUGGGACACCAAGCAUGUCCUCACCGGCUCAGCUGACAACAGCUGUCGUCUCUGGGACUGUGAAACAGGGAAGCAGCUGGCCCUACUCAAGACCAAUUCAGCAGUCCGGACCUGUGGCUUUGACUUCGGGGGCAACAUCAUCAUGUUCUCCACGGACAAGCAGAUGGGCUACCAGUGCUUCGUGAGCUUCUUCGACCUGCGGGAUCCGAGCCAGAUUGACAGCAACGAGCCCUACAUGAAGAUCCCAUGCAAUGACUCCAAGAUCACCAGUGCUGUUUGGGGACCCCUUGGCGAGUGCAUCAUUGCAGGCCAUGAGGGCGGAGAGCUCAACCAGUAUAGCGCCAAGUCUGGGGAGGUAUUGGUGACUAUUAAGGAGCACUCCCGGCAGAUCAAUGACAUCCAGUUAUCCAGGGACAUGACCAUGUUUGUCACUGCAUCCAAGGACAACACAGCCAAGCUCUUUGACUCCACAACCCUUGAACACCAGAAGACUUUCCGGACAGAACGUCCCGUCAACUCAGCUGCCCUCUCUCCCAACUAUGACCAUGUGGUGCUGGGCGGUGGUCAGGAAGCAAUGGAUGUAACCACCACUUCUACCAGGAUUGGCAAGUUCGAGGCCAGGUUCUUCCACUUGGCCUUUGAAGAAGAGUUUGGAAGAAUCAAGGGUCACUUUGGACCUAUCAACAGUGUUGCCUUCCAUCCUGAUGGCAAGAGCUACAGCAGCGGCGGAGAAGAUGGUUAUGUCCGCAUCCACUACUUCGACCCACAGUACUUUGAAUUUGAGUUUGAGGCUUAAGAAGCCGGAUCUCUGGGAAUUCCCUGGCUAUCCAGUGAUUAGGACUCCGAGCUUCCACUGCACACACACACCACAGCACAGCACAGCAUACCACCACGACCACCACCACCACCACCACCACCACACACACACACACACGCCGGAUCUCCAUAUGGGCCAGGUUCACAGAAGGCUUUGGACUCUGAGAAAUAAAUUAGUUUGGAAA